AUGCUCGAUAGCUUCGGCCGCCAGCAGUGCGCAGGAAUCAAGAGGGACGGUACGAGGUGCACACGGUUCGUCACCGCGUCUACAUCGGACAGACAAACGCAAUCACGCUCCACGACACCCUCUCCUUCACCUGCCAAAAAGCGCAUCACAAAGGCCGCUCCGGGAUCUGCGUCAACUUCACUUGCGCCUGGCUCGGGGCUUGCAUUGGGACGGCCAGGGCCAGGGCAAAGCCCCUCAAGUGAGAACGAAGACGACCUAGGCAUUGCGCCUGACUAUUGCUUCCAGCAUGUGGCAGAGAUCAACAAGACGACGGGAUUUAUCCUACCAAACGGCAAGCACAUUUCAUUUUCGAUGUACAUACCCUCGACGCUCUCUGCACGCGCGCAAGCACGUCUUCGUACAGCCCUGUCUACUCCCCCGACCCCGACAGAUCUCAAAGAGCAAGGAUACUGCUACGUCUACGAGCUGCGGGAUCGCGCGAGGAGCGGCCGCGAAGGCCGAAGCAACGGAUCAGGCGCGACAGCAUGUUUCAAGGUCGGUCGCUCAAUCAACGUCUUCAAGCGCCUCGACGAAUGGCGCAGCAGGUGCCAAUCUGCCGAUCCGAUCUUGCGCUCCUUCCUCCCCGCGCAGCAAGGCCAAAUGCUGCUUGCGGGCGCAUCAACCGCCUCCGUACCCGGUGUGCGCCUCAGCAGGCGUUGGGAGCGGCUAUGCCAUCUCGAGCUAGAGGACGUUGGCGAGAGGGUGAACGAAGAGUGUAAAGACUGCAAGAGCAAGCACAGAGAGAUGUUCAUGGUGGAAUUGCAGAAGGGGGGCUAUGAGGCGGUGUUGCAAAUCGUCAGACGGUGGAUGCACUUUGUGCAGAUUGUUGCAGACGCGUAUUGA